UACGCGCGCACAAUAACACACGGAAUACCGGCGGCGGCCGGGACACCGGGGGUUGGCAGCCGGUCGAAGAAGGAAUCCCGCGAGCCGACACCAAGUCUGGGACGUCGAGGUGUCGGUGCGGGCGCGCACGCACGCGACGCGCGAGGCGACCGACGGCUUUCCCCUCCCGGCGUUCGUCGCAGCCAAGGCGGCUGCGGUGCCCGUUAUACACGACCGGUCACACCGAUUGGCCCGACCACAUUCCCUUCCGCCGCCGCGAAGCCUGUGCGUCCGCAUCUCGUUCGGCACCGCAGUCCGCUGGUACAUAACGUUUAACGCGCUACGUCGUUUUGCGCGCACCUCCUCGUCGAUAGCGAACACGCGCGCCCGCCCGCACACGCACUCACCGCCGCCGCCGCCGCCGCCACCGCCGUGCACGUAACCGCGUUCACCGAGAUAGACCGAGAUUAGAGACCAGUUGUUUUCCCGUUCCGAUAACACGCUCGUCGUCGGACAAACGGAUCACCGGUCUCGUUGUUACGCGCGAGAAACAACGGCGCGGCGUACGUGUUUCUGGUACCCGCCGUUUGUCGCCGGAGCGUCAACGUUUCGCGCGCGCCCCGGCCGUUUGCCGAUUCAUCGAUCGCGCGGGGCCCCCGCCGACCGCUGUUGAUCAUCCGCGAUCGCGGUCGUCGUCUCCCCGUCCGUCGCUGCAGCCGCCGCCCCGCUGUAAAUGGUAAUGUUCGCUACGAUCCAUCAUGGGAAAAUAGUAACGUAGCUGAUUAUUGGUACCCCGUCUUGAGCUCUUUUACAAUGGUCGUUGCCAACAGAGUUCACUAUGUUUGGAUAGUAUGGACCGUUGUUAUAGCAGCGUACUCCUGUAUUUCCGUACCAUGCUCCAUGCAUCAAGAAAAAUGUUCUUCUUAUGAAAUUAAAGAUAAUGAAUCUCAGUGUAAAGAUUUAGAAUUAUAUAUCGCGUGUAUGGAAUUAUUUAAAGGAAAAUGUCGUGGAGAAAUCAGUUAUCAUUCUGUUAUGUCAGCGUCAAAGAUAGAGUUUAAAAAGAGAUGCGAUGAAAACUUGCUGAGAAACAAUAUUAGUGAACAUUCCCAAUCAUUGACUCCAUCUAAUCGUAGAAGUAUUUGUCCUUCACUGUUUGAUGAUAAAAAAGAACAUAAAUUUUGUGGCUUAUUUGGUGAUCCUCACCUGAGAACAUUCGACGGCAGAUAUCAAACAUGCAGGAUUCACGGAGCUUGGCCAGUGAUAGACAACCCAUUUUUUGGUAUUAUGGUGACAAAUGAUGCUGUUUUAAAUAGUACAACAGCAACAGCUCCAACUAAGUUGACAGUUAUGUUAAAAGCACAUAAGCCAGAGUGUACUCAACAAAAAUUGUAUGAAGCUCAAGGAGAUAUUCCACUACCAAGUACAUUUGAAGACAGUACUACAUCAUCUGGGCCAAGUUCAUUACGAACGGUUUCUCUUUCCUGGCGUUCUAAUGACAACAUCAGCGAGACAGUGAUUAUACGAUUAUCAUAUAUUUCUACUAUAAUAAGUGUUACUCGUGUUGGUAAAUAUCUAUCUAUUUCUGCAAAAUUGCCAGAUGAACUAGCACAAACAUUUAAUCAAGAAAAGAAUGAAUUAUGUUCUUCUGGUUGUCCAGCUUCUGAACAAAUAGAUAUUAAGCAAGUUACAAUAAGUGAUUUAGAUCGGGUGUUAACUCUAUGUCAUAAUAGUAUUGGACCUACUGAACAUAGACUUACUGAUCAGUAUUUAGAUUGGUGUGUGUUUGACAUGAUGACUUCUCACGAUGAACAGUUCAUUAAUGCUUCACAUGCAGCAUAUUCUGAUGUACUGUUUUUUGAACCACGAUCUUUGUUUAAUAGAACUGUUAGUAUAUUUGAGUUUAAUCCUGCAUCAACAGAUAGUGCUUGUUGUACUAAUAGAUUAAACUUAUUUAUUAUUUCUAUUGUAACAUUAUACAAUUUUCUUUGAGUGUUCCUAAUUUUUUAGUUAAAGUAUU